AAAAAAGACGAUUUAAGCUUGUGAACAAAUAGAAGACGAGUUUCAGGUGUUUGGUUGCCGACGGGACCUCCUCAGAUAAUGUCUGCCCAGGCUCAAAUGAGAGCUCUGCUCGACCAGCUGAUGGGAACAGCGAGGGAUGGUGACGAGACGCGGCAGAGGGUCAAGUUCACCGAUGAACGGGUCUGCAAAAGUCAUCUUCUCAACUGCUGUCCACAUGACAUCCUGUCUGGAACUCGCAUGGACCUGGGCGAAUGCACAAAGAUCCAUGACCUGGCUCUCCGGGCAGACUAUGAAAUAGCCUCCAAGGAGAAAGAUCUUUUCUUUGAACUUGAUGCUGUGGAUCACCUGGAGUCUUUCAUUGCUGAUUGUGACCGACGGACAGAAUUGGCUAAGAAGCGUCUGGCUGAGACUCAGGAAGAGAUCAGUGCAGAGGUGGCAGCAAAGGCUGAGAAGGUGCAUGAGCUGAAUGAGGAAAUCGGUAAACUUCUGGCCAAAGCAGAGCAGCUUGGAGCUGAGGGGAAUGUGGACGAGGCUCAGAAGGUUCUGCAGGAAGUGGAGAAAGUCCGAACCAGGAAAAAGGAUGCAGAGGAAGAAUACAGAAACUCCAUGCCAGCCUCCAGCUUUCAGCAACAGAAACUCCGCGUUUGUGAGGUUUGCUCCGCCUACUUGGGUCUCCAUGACAACGACCGCCGCCUGGCUGACCAUUUUGGUGGGAAGCUUCACCUCGGUUUCAUCCAAAUCAGAGAGAAACUGGACCAACUAAAGAAAACAGUGGUUGAGAAGCAGGAGAAGAGGAACCAGGAGCGCCUAAAGAGGAGAGAGGAGAGAGAGAAAGAGGAAAAGAUGCGAAAAAGGACCAGGUCACGCAGCAGAGAGCAUAGAAGGUCCCGUUCUCGUGACCGCAGAAGGAGGCGCUCACGCUCCUCGUCACGGGACCGGCGCCGUUCUCGCUCGCGCUCCAGGGAGAGAAAGAGGCGGCAUCGCAGCAGAUCCCGCUCCCGCAGCCGGGGGCAUCGUCACAGCCACGAGCAGAGCUCAAGACACAAGUCCUCCAGGGACCGCGAUCGCUCGUCUCGAGAUCGGUCACGGGAUCGAGACAAGAGGGACAGCAUGAACGGCAGGUCCGACUCCCGCCGAGGGGAGGACAGGGACACGGGGGACUUCUGAAGACCAAACAGCAUCUCCUGACACAGCCUCGUCCUCCUGUCUUUCACCAGUCUCAGUUUUUAUUAAACAUAGUAGUUGCCUUUCUGCAGCUUCUCUCGUCGUCUUCAUAUCUCUGCUUUCUUUGGUAACGCAGCCCACCUUCAUGACUAAACCGUGAUACGACGUCACUUCUCUAGCAUCGGUUUCAUGACACUGUUUCUGGGGUUGUUGAUCAGCUGUGGAGGGAAGUGAACGUCUUAUUUGUUGGCUGAUAUGUAAUAAAAUAAGUCAAAAAGAGAGAAAAGCAAACAUGCUGAUCUUGCAGCUGAUUUCACUGUUUUUUUGAUAAAAGUUCUGUAAAUAUGUCCUAGUCUGAAGAGCCCCGUCCCAUCAUGCUUUGUUUUUGCUGUGUCGUGGUAACAUGCUGUUAUUGAAUGUCUGUCCAAGUUGAUUAGGUUUCUGAUUCAGACCCAAACAGGUUGUAAAGUCUCUAGUAUUGAUUCUUCUCCACUGUUUUUAUUUCAUGAUCCCUGAGGUAAAAAGCUGCGAGUUUGGCCCAGUUCUGUAAAGACUUGUUUUGAUUGGUUCUGGUGACGAGUUUCCUGUUCGUCAAGUUCUCCCUCUCCUUUGAUUAAACGGUGAAAUAAAGCGGUGUCUGGUGUCGGCUUGUAAAGGCUCGGUUCAGCAGAGGCUCUUUAGGAAUCAGAACCGAGGCAGAAAACUUGUAUGACUGGAGUCAUUUAUUGGGUUCUGGCCUGUUUCUUUUGUCUAGAAUCACAUGAAAUGAAUUUUAAUGGAUGUGUUCAGUCGGUUUGGCUGAAAUCUUUCUUUUAAGUCACAAUAAAACAUUUAAUAUCA